CUUGUUUUGAGCAGAAGGCACUGAGUGACAGUGGAAUGUUCUGCAGGUUGUGUCUCCUUGUCCAGGAUGCCUAUGGGAUGUUCAGUGAAGUGCAGCUGCAGUCCCUGAGUUCUGCAGGUGACGCUGAGCAGUACUGCAGGAGGUGGGAAGGAAAACUCUGCUGCUUAGCUGGGAUGAAAAUUUUGCAAAGAACUACAAGAGGAAGGGCAUUAGGACUUUUUAGUCUGAUAGACAGUCUGUGGCCUCCAGCAGUGCCUGUAAAAGUUCCUGGACAAAGUCAAGACUCUGAAAUGACAACAACAAAUCUUCCUCCUCCCAGCUUCUGUUACAUCCUUACUGUUCAGUCUGGUGAGAUACAUGUGGAAGUGGAUGAAGAAGAACAGAUUUCUGAUUUGUACCAGCCACCAGCUGUUCGUGGUCUAAAGGAAAUUCUUCAGACAAAACACAGUGUUCCUAUAAAUCAAAGAGAAGUUUGGUUGUUUGUGACUGACUCCACACUGCAAAAUGUGAUUCAUGGGACUCCAAAGGUUGUUCCUGUGUCGGUGGCUGCAUCGUGUGUUCUCAGCACAGAAAUCACAGGAGCCCUCAGUGCUGCCUCACGACUUGUCUUCUUCAAGGAUGCACUGUGGGGAGAUGGUAGGAUUAUUUGUGUUGAACGUACUGUUCUCCUGUUACAAAAGCCUCUUUUGUGCUCGGCUGCUGGUGCUGACCUCAGUGAGCUGACUGGCCCUGUCAGACUCGACGAGCUGGAUUCUACAACACAGGCCAACUCCAUUUGUGCUGUGAGAGGUACUGUUGCUGGAGUUAAUGAGAGCACUGCUUUCUCCUGGCCUACAUGCAACAGAUGUGGCAAUGGAAAGUUGGAGCAGUGUCCCCAGGACAGAGGGUUGCUGUAUUGCAACCAGUGCUGUGAAGAUGUCAGUUCACCGACUGUGAAAAUGCAGCUGGAAGUCUUCUUGAGUUGUCCAUCCAGAUCUCAAAGUGUAGUAAGAGUAAAGAGCUACGAGGUGCAGGGCGUGCUGGGAAAGGAGGUGGGGUUAUUGAACUGCUACGUCCACGCCGUCACCAGCCACCCCGACGGCGUCGUGCUGGAGGAGAUCCUGCUCCUGGAAACAGCAGAGGGCACCGAGCUGAACCCUGGUCAGCUGCUGUAG